AUGACCUCAUCCUCACCAUCGGCUGCAUCCUCUGCGCUGGCUUCUACCGCGACAGAGUCUGAUGCUUCAUCCCGUAUACCGACGUCAACCGCACCGACGCAGAAGGCUAUAACUUCUAAGCUAACUCCACUCACAAAGUCGCCUGCACCGACAGAUAGGACUGCAUCCUCUACACCGGGUUCAGCAGCGACUAUUCCAAACUCAUUAGAUUCUUUGCUCCAAACGUCACCUUCAACAAGGCGUUCAUCCGAGCGAACUUCUUCCACAAGUUUCGGUGAUACUUCGACGAAUUCUCGUCCAUCCGAGAAGUCUGCACUGGCGAUCGUUUUCUCACUCCUAACUCUACUCGUUUCCACGGCAAUCAUUCCUUAG